GUGUUAACUAAAAGAAAGUUCAAGUCAUGCAGAGGAUGCUGGUGUGUGUGUGUGUGUGUUUUGGCUGGCAGUGGACACACCCACUGUGUGUUUGUGCAUCUGAGGGUGUGUGUGUGUAUGUACAGUCUGGAGGAAGCAGAAGCUGAAACACAGCUGCCUCACAUUCACUUAGUCAGUCAGUCAGACAGUCAGACAGACAGACAGAGCAGCUGUGUGUUCCCUGGCUGUUCCAGGUCUUCCCUCACUCCUCCUCCUCUGAGCUUCACAUCAGCAGCCGCCGCCGCAGCAGCAGCAGCAGGAGAAGAAGAAGAAGAAGAAGAAGAAGAAAACAUGGGGCUUCACCAUAAAGAGUUCAUCAAAGCAGGCAAGACUACUGGUCUGCAGAUCUGGAGAGUGGAGAAGUUAGAGCUGGUCCCUGUGUCUGAGAGCCAACAUGGGAGCUUCUACACUGGAGAUGCUUAUCUCAUUCUCAACACCAUCAAACAGACAACAUGCACUCUCUACCACCUGCACUACUGGCUGGGAAUGGAGUGCAGUCAGGAUGAGAGCACAGCGGUAGCCAUCUUCGCCGUGCAGCUGGACGACUACCUGGGUGGGAGGCCGGUCCAGUACAGAGAGCUACAGGGGGUCGAGUCGACCGCUUUCACCAGCUACUUCAAUGGAGGCAUCACUUAUAAAACAGGAGGCGUGGCCUCAGGUUUCAACCAUGUGGUCACCAAUGACCUUACAGCGCAGAGGCUCCUCCACAUCAAAGGCCGGCGUGUGGUCAGAGCCACACAGGUCCCUCUGAGCUGGUCCAGCUUCAACUGCGGAGACUGCUUCAUUGUUGACCUUGGAGAUAAAAUCUUCCAGUGGUGUGGAGCCAAGUGCAACAAGUUUGAGCGCGUGAAGGCAGCGCAGGUCGCCAGAGGAAUCCGCGACAACGAGAGAAACAGCCGAGCCGAGCUGGUGGUCAUCGAGGACGGAGAUGAACCGGACGCGUUGAUCGAUGUCCUUGGAGAAAAGCCUGAGCUGCCAGCGGGCGAUGAUGAUGAUGACGCUAAGGCCGACAUGUCCAACAGGAGAAUGGCUAAACUCUACAUGGUAUCUGAUGAAACAGGAUCCAUGAAAGUAACAGUUGUGAGGGAAGAAAACCCCUUCGUCCAGAGUGACCUGCUGUCAGAUGAAUGCUUCGUGCUGGACCACGGCAGCAACAAUAUGAUAUUCGUAUGGAAAGGGCGUAACGCCAACCCCAGUGAAAGAAAGGCGGCCAUGAAAACAGCUGAGGACUUCAUCAAACAGAUGGGCCACCCAGCCAACACUCAGAUCCAGGUGCUUCCAGAGGGCGGAGAGACUCCCAUGUUCAAGCAGUUCUUCCAGGGCUGGAAGGACAGAGACCAGAGCGAGGGCUUUGGGAAGGUGUUUGUCACUGGGAGGAUUGCCAUGAUCCAGCAAGUGGAGUUUGACGCCUCUAAGCUCCAUGAGUCUCAGCACAUGGCAGCGCAGUACAACAUGGUGGAUGACGGGAGCGGAGACACGCAGAUCUGGAGGGUGGAGAGCAGUGGCAGAGUCCCGGUCAGCCCAGAGAGCUACGGUCAAUUCUACGGCGGGGAGUGUUACAUCAUCCUGUACACUUACAGGAAGGGGCAGAUCAUCUACACCUGGCAGGGAGCCAGCUGCUCUUUGGAUGAGCUGACAGCCUCAGCGUUCCUGACUGUAGAACUGGAUCGUUCACUCGGGGGGAAUGCAGUUCAGGUCAGAGUGAGCCAGGGUAAAGAACCCCCCCACUUGAUGAGUCUCUUUAAAGGUAAACCUCUGAUUGUAUAUAAAAGUGGUACAUCCCGCCUCGGCAGCCCGCCCCCAACCCGACUCUUUCAAGUUCGACGGAACCUGGCCACCAUCACCAGAAUCGCUGAGGUGAGGUCUUCCCUGCCUCCCAUUUGUCCUGGACUGCAUUCAAACCAACACGGGGCAUUAUUUUUAACGUCCUGUUGCAUGUUUCAGGUUGAUGCCAGGGCGAACAACCUGAACUCGAACGACGCCUUCCUCCUGAAAAUGGCAGAUGGCCGGGGCUAUGUGUGGCAGGGCAAAGGAGCCAGUAAAGAGGAGAUGAAAGGAGCCAAGUACAUCAGCAAAUUGCUCACAUGCAGCAGCAGCAGCUGCAUCGCGGAAGCAAGUGAACCAGAUGAAUUCUGGGCUGCAUUAGGGGGGAAGACAGAGUACCAAACCUCGCAGAGACUGGAGAGGGAGACCAUGGCUCAGGCUCCCCGUCUGUUCGGCUGCUCCAACAAAACUGGCAGGUUCAUCAUCGAGGAGGUUCCAGGAGAAUUCACACAGGACGACCUGGCUGAAGACGACGUGAUGCUGCUGGACGUUUGGGAUCAGGUGUUUGUCUGGAUUGGAAAAGAUGCUAAUGAGGUGGAGAGGACGGAAUCAGUCCGAUCUGCCAAACAGUACUUAGAGACUGAUCCAAGUGGACGUGACAAGCUCAUUCCUGUGGUGCUGGUGAAACAGGGCCAUGAGCCUCCCACCUUCACAGGCUGGUUCCUGGCCUGGGACCCGGCUCAUUGGGACUCUGUCAGCAGGAGCAUGAAGUCUAUGGCUCUUUAAUGUGCACUCUGGAAGACUGUGUCAAAUAUAUCGUCAUUUAUACCAUUUAUAUCAUUUAUACCGUCAAUGUGUUCAAAGAGAUUAAUUAAAUGUAUGUAAAGAAGUCAAA